UCUCCGCGGCUCCCGGCCCUUUCACCGUCCGCCCGACCCUCUAGCCGCACCGACCGACGCCUAUCUGCCACAGACAUCCCCGGGAGCACCAGAGAAUGAGACAGCUGCGAAAAACUCAAAAGAAGACAGGUUUACUAAGAAGAUACAUUUCAAACAGAGUAUCCGUUUUUUCGUCUUGAAUUGGUGGAAUAGACGCACAAAAAAGAAAUUCAAAGAAACGGCUACAGAAGGCUAAAGAGUGAAGGGAGGUGGAAGUUGAGCUACAAACCUAGCAUAUUGCUACCUCUCCCCUAAUAGUUUUGGAUUUUGUGAAAAAAAUGCAAACAACUCACGACGUUGAAGAACCUGGCCUUUUGUUCACGGCGCUCGGUGCUUAGCGGUCUUAUUUUAACGGUGAUUGAACUCAGACAUCCUGCAGAUUGCUUCAGUCAACGCCAACCUUUUGUGCCUAUACCUGCCCGCCUGCCUGAUCUGACGGAAGAAGGAUGUUGCAGGGUCUUAGAGAGUGGUUCUGGCAAGACUGGCUAUGGUUCCCAGAGGGUAUGGGCUGGGCCGACCUAGAGAGCCGGGACGGUCAGGUGUUCUCCAAGAGUGGGGAUCUCUGGAUGUCCCUGCCGAUUGCACUAUGCUUCCUUGUGAUUCGCCAAAUCUUCGAGUGGAAAGUAGCCACUCCUCUGGCCGCACUGCUGGGGGUCAGAGAGAAGGUGCGCGUCCAUGCAUCCCAUAAUCCCUCACUGGAGUCCUACUUCAGGUCCACAAGCAAACACCCCACUCAGGAUGAGGUGAAGAGCUUAAGCAAGCAGACUGGGUCCUCGGAGAAGCAGGUGCACAGAUGGUUCCGCAGGCGAAGGAACCAGGAGCGGCCCAACCUGCUGAAAAAGUUCCGGGAGGCCAGUUGGAGAUUCACAUUUUACCUUCUUGCUUUCAUUGCUGGCCUGGCCGCUGUAAUUGAUAAACCCUGGUUUUAUGAGAAGGAGGAGAUGUGGAAGGACUUCCCCAAGAUGCCUCUGUUGCCUUCACAGUACUGGUACUACAUGAUAGAGCUGGGAUUCUACUUUUCUCUCCUCUUCAGUGUGGCGUCGGACGUCAAACGCAAAGACUUUAAGGAGCAGAUCGUUCACCAUGUGGCCACCAUCUUGUUGAUCAGCUUUUCUUGGUGUGUCAACUACAUCCGCGCAGGCACCAUGAUCAUGCUGGUGCACGAUUCCUCUGACUACCUGCUGGAGUCAGCAAAGAUGUUCAACUACGCAGGAUGGAGAAAGACCUGCAACUACAUAUUCAUCGGGUUUGCAGCGGUCUUCUUCAUCUCCCGCCUCGUCCUCUUCCCCUUCUGGAUAAUGCACGCCACCAUCGUGUACCCCCUGACGCUGUACCCCACCUUCUUUGGCUACUACUUCUUCAACGGCCUACUCAUGGUGUUGCAGUGUCUGCACAUCUUCUGGUUUGGCCUCGUCCUGCGCAUGGCCAUCAAGUUCCUACCUGGAAACAAUAUUGUGGAAGAUGAGCGGAGUGAUAAAGAGGAGACAGACGACUCAGAAGACGGAGACGAGGAAGAGGAGAAGGAAAGGAAGACGAAAAACGGACCAGUCCAAAACGGCCACUUGCCCCUCAAUAACAACCACCGCAAGGUCGACUGAUGUGGGAGGGACCAGAGGAGAGAAAGAGAGCGGAAUGAAAGGAGCUUCUUACUUUCAUUGGGUCUUUCUCCCUCCCUCUCUGUCUCUCUUUCUUUCAUACUGUCCAGACCAAGAGACUUCGUGGAGGGAUGCAGAGAGAAGUAACUCAUUCACGCUUACAUGGAUAGCAACACUCCAGAUUUGCAUGGAUAGCAUGCCUAGCAACACACACACACACACACACACACACACACACACACACACACACACACACACACACACAGGGUAAAAACUAUACUUUCGUCCAUACUUAAAACACAUAUUUGAAUAUUCGAAUUUUGAACAUUGAAAUAUGCUUGUGACACUAACACUCCUGUCAUUCCCUCUAUAGAACACACUACUUGGUUGCGAUGUGUGUGUGUGUGUGUGUGUGUGUGUGUGUGUGUGUGUGUGUGUGUGUGUGUGUGUGUGUGUGUGUGUGUGUGU